CGAGAUUUCAAUGAGUGCAGUUGAGUUAAUGCCACGUCUUAUACAGCUACCAGUGGUUGGACAAAACUAGAGGAAUAUUUGCAGACUAACCAAACACAGCGGACACAGGACGGAGAAGUAACCAGCGGCCAAACAGACAGUGAUAUCUGGCACAUUUAGGGGGACAAAAUGAGCUGUGUACGUCUACUGGCACUGACACUCGCCACAUGUGCAGUACUGCUGAUUGCCUCCCAGUCUGCCAUCGCUCACAGCCAUUCCCAUGGUGACCACGGACAUGGCCAUCACCACGGACACCAUCACCACGGACACUCCCACGGAGAGGACGAUCACCAUGGGCACUCUCAUGGUGCUCAGGUGAAGAUGUUCCAUGGAGCGAGCAAAUGGAGCGCUGAGGCCAACCUCCCAGAUGAGGAGGAUCACCAUGGACACGGCCACGACCAUGGACACGGACAUGCUCAUCACGAGGAUGUUGUUCGUGUGCACAAAGAUUCAAGUGACCACGCACACUCACAUGGAGGCGAGAGAGCGAAGAGGGAAGCUGAUGGAGAUGAGAAGAACAUGAUGGAACUUUGGACUCAGGCUAUUGGAGCCACCCUGCUUAUCAGCGCUGCUCCUUUCCUCAUCCUGUUUCUGAUCCCAGUUCAGUCCAACAGCGACCAGCACCAGAACCUGCUGAAGGUGCUGCUUAGCUUCGCCUCAGGUGGACUUCUGGGCGACGCCUUCCUCCACCUCAUUCCACAUGCACUGGAACCGCACUCUCACCACGGAGAAGAUCACGGCCACUCACAUGACACUGAAGAGUCACAUGACCACGGCCACUCCCACGGAGCCGCCCACGGUCACAUGAUGUCAGUGGGUCUGUGGGUCCUCGGUGGGAUCAUCGCCUUCCUGGUUGUGGAGAAGUUUGUACGUCUGCUGAAGGGAGGCCACAGCCACGGACAUUCCCACAGCCACUCACACGCUGCUCCUAAAGAAAAGGACAGUGAUGGAGAAGAAGAGAAGGAGGAGAAGAAGAAAGACGACAAAGGAAGUAAAGAUGAGAAAGUGCCAAAGAAAGAGGAGAAGAGCAGCACAGAUAUUAAGGUGUCCGGUUACCUGAACCUGGCAGCUGACUUCACACAUAACUUCACUGACGGCCUUGCAAUCGGAGCGUCAUUCCUGGUCAGUCCAGCAGUGGGCGCCAUCACUACACUCACUAUCCUGCUGCAUGAGGUCCCGCAUGAGAUCGGAGACUUCGCCAUCCUGGUCCAGUCCGGCUGCACCAAAAGAAAGGCCAUGUGUCUACAGCUGCUGACAGCCCUGGGAGCUCUGGCCGGCACAGCUUGCUCCUUAUUGGCUGAAGGCGUGGGUGCCGCGGCAACCGCCUGGAUCCUUCCGUUUACGGCCGGCGGCUUCGUUUACAUCGCCACAGUGACUGUGCUCCCAGAGCUGCUGGCGGGCCGCUCCAGCUUCGGACAGUCGCUCAUGGAGAUACUGGCCCUGCUGUUCGGAGUGGGCAUGAUGGUGUUGAUCGCCGAGUAUGAGUGAGACACCACUGAGACAGAAACGCACUCCUGAAGAGACAGACGGAUAUAGAAAAGGUCAAAAAAGGGUUAAAAAUGUGGUUUCAGGUUGAGUUCAAGUGGAUGUUUUUCUGUCAAGGUUGUGAAUUCUUUGAUUAUUUUUUUAUGAAGUUCCGCUUUGGAACAAACAUCACAUAAUAAUGGCGAAUGGAUAUUUUUUUUUUGUCUUGUUUUUUAAUUGUUUAAUUGUCAAAUGUCCAAUUGCGUUACUGCUUUAUGUUGAAGCGAAUGUGUCGACUUCAGCAGGAGUGACUCAAUGGGGGACAGAAACUGGGGAAAAGUUUUAAAGGACGGUUAUUUUUCCAGAGUGAUAGAAGGUAGUUUUACUGUUUCUGUUCCUAAACUCUGCUCACCACUUUCACAGCAGAUCAUCCACUUAGUUUCCUGCUUUUUAAACUGACAGCUGGGCCCGUCGUAAACAGAUUCCCAGUAACAAGACUGAAGUCUGAAUUCUUCAGCACAUUGGUCCAGAAGUCUACAUUUCAAAGCUGAGUCUGUCAGAAGCAAACGACGAGCUCUCAUUUGUUGUCACCACGCCGACCUGCUCCGUUCUGUGUUUACUGUCGGUUUUGUUUGAAGAUAUUGAAUGUUAGUAUUUUUACAUUCCACUGAAUAAAAGAAAUUAUUGUGGCUCAUACAGAUGGGAUCAAAAUGGAUUCAUGUUCAGCUUCAGUUAAUUAAAAUCCACCUGAUUCUCCAUGUGAGGGAAAGUUGUUUGAAAUAUAAUUGUGCUGAAAUAUUU